AUGCUUAGACAUAAUGGAGAUUUCGAUAAUCGAGGUCAAUUUCAACUUACAGCUGCUCUCCAGGCUAAUAUGAAAUAUGUUUUCGUUAUGACAACAUCUGCUUUAAAUGUGACAGGAAAUGUUUCAAUUCAGGUAUCUGGCCGAAGCUAUAUCGAUUUCGAUCGUAUUUUGAAUACUUCAUCAGUUGUUCAAACAAUUUAUGCAUCAGAAUUGACAACGAAUAGUUCAAUGUAUUUCGAUAGCUUUUCAAGUUCAAGUUCCUACUAUGAAGUAACACAAGUGAAUGUUCGUAGAAGUGGUCUUUACACUUUUCUCACUUUGACGACGACAACAACAACAACGACGACGACGACAGAAACAACAAUAACAACGACGACAGCGACCACAACAACAAUAAAAUCAAGUGCCGUAACAACAUGGUUCUCGUUUAAAUUUUGGCAAUUUGCAUUAUUUGCACCAACUGCUCUUAUCUAUUCAAUCUAUAUUCACAACUAA